AUGGGUGAAUAUAGAGUAAGUACUGGAAGAGGAGGCGCAGGAAACAUGAUAACGUCGAACGAGAAACCUUCACCGAAGGUUGUGACACAGGGUUCCCAGACCCCCAAUAUACUAUCGCCAAUUUACUCUACGGGUCGCGGUGGUGCUGGUAAUAUGAGGAGGAAUGUGGACCCGGUUAUGACACGCACCGCACAGGAUGUUGACGAUGACGACGUGAUAGACGUGACUUCUUCAAACAAUACAGGAACCAUCAAAAAGAUCAAGUCGAGACGCUUCUCGGAACCUCCAAAGACCAUAUCGAUCGGUAGAGGUGGUGCUGGGAACAUACUAAGCCCUAAAUCGUCAAGAAAGAAAAGGGAUGAGAAGGGCUCUAAGAAUUCCUCCACUGGAGACAACGGAUCGAGUCACGUGGACGAAAAAUCAUCAAAGAGUGGGUUCUUCUCCAAAUUGAAGAGUCUUUUCAAGUGA